AUGUGCGCAACACACGCUCAAACGACGACGGACAUUAAGCCAAACGUCUCGUCAGGUGAACAGCAGAUCCGCGCAUCUGUCCUACAUGGCGCGAAAGACCUGAGGAUUGAAUCUCGCUCCAUCUUUCCCCCAGGUCCAACAGACCUUCAAAUCAGCAUCCGUGCGACGGGCCUUUGCGGCUCAGACCUGCAUUACUACCGGCAUAACCGCAAUGGUGACAUUCUCGUGCAGGAGCCUUUAUCCCUGGGCCACGAAUCCGCCGGCGUGGUUGUCGGCGUGGGCUCUGAUGUUAAAAACUUCAGUGUUGGAGAUAAGGUAGCACUGGAAGUCGGAUUACCGUGCGAGACAUGCGAGAGGUGCAAGGAGGGGAGGUACAACAUCUGUAAGGGCAUGAGGUUUAGGAGUAGUGCGAAGAGCUUCCCGCAUGCACAGGGAACGCUGCAGGAUCGGAUUAACCACCCUGCGGCUUGGUGUCAUAAGUUACCUGAGGAUAUGUCGCUCGAUUUGGGUGCACUUUUAGAGCCCUUGAGCGUAGCAAUCCAGGCAGCGAAGAGAGCGCAGCUGCAAGCCGGUGCGACCGUACUGGUGUUUGGGGCAGGUGCUGUCGGUCUGCUGGUCGCCGCAAUGGCGAAGAUAUCUGGUGCUGGCACCGUGGUCAUCGCAGAUAUCGAUGCUGGGCGAGUUGAGUUUGCAGUCAAGAACCACUUUGCAGACCGAGCGUUCACAGUACCUAUGAAGCGCGGUAGUACGAUUGAGGAGCAGCUUGAGAUUGCAAAAGAGACAGCUGCAGAAAUCGGAAAGACACCAAGGGGAAGUGCUGGAGAGGUUGGCGAAGUGGAUGCUGUAUUCGAGUGCACUGGUGUACCGUCGUGUGUACAAGCGUCGAUAUACGCUACCCGACCAGGAGGCAAGAUGCUGCUCAUCGGCAUGGGCACGCCUAUCCAGACCCUGCCUAUCUCAGCUGCCGCACUUCGAGAAGUCGACAUCCUCGGCGUGUUCCGAUACGCGAACACGUACCCAACUGGCAUUGAAGUUGUGUCGAAGAAGGGACCUGAUUACCCAGACUUUUCGAAGCUCGUCACACACAAGUACAAGGGCCUUGAGGCAGCCGACGAAGCGUUCGAGAUGGCUGGUAAGACAAAGGACGACAGUGGUAACCUGGUCAUCAAGGUUGUGCUGGAGACUGGCGAGGAGAAGAGAAGCUUGUGA